UUUUUUUCUUUUCUAAUUGCCGCUGGAUAUGCAUUUCGAUGUUCUGUUAUGUGCAUGCAGGUUACAAACUUGAUCGAAAAACACUGUUGUUUGUAACCUCCAUAAUAUGAUAAUAAUCGCAUGUUGCCUUGGAUUCUGUGAAGCCAUAUGAACUUUCUGAAGGACUCCCUUUAAUUGUAUAUAACCUAUAAUAAGGUUAUGAGAAGUUGCAGAAUCAUGUUGUUUUGAAUUCUUGGAGGAUUCAUCAAUUUUGUAUGCAUCAUAACUGGAAAGGCAGUCAAGGAAGAACCUGUAUAUGGUUGACAGUGACUUUUAGUUCUGAGAAUUUGUGGUCUUUUGUUUCUGUGUUACUGCAAUUAAUUGAAUAGAAUAUGGUCUCCUAGAGAUUCUUUCUGCUGUUGUAGAAUUGUCAUUUUUCCUGUUUCCUUGUUAACUUUCUUCAUGUGUGCCACUUUUGUUCUCUGAUGUUCAUUUCGGGGUGGAUUUACAUGAUUUUAGUAUUUACAAAUCAUGUUCGUUGUGGCUUGACAAGAUUAUUGGAGAAAGCGCAAGCAACCAGUUAGAAGAGAUGGAUCAGAUAACAAAUGUAAUGGAGUAUCAGGAAAUUGCAAGGCAGAAACUGCCCAAGAUGGUUUAUGACUAUUAUGCAUCAGGUGCAGAGGACCAGUGGACACUUAAGGAGAACCGGAACGCCUUCUCUCGCAUUUUAUUUCGGCCACGCAUUCUUAUUGAUGUUAGCAAGAUUGACAUGUCAACAACUGUCCUGGGCUUCAAGAUUUCAAUGCCUAUCAUGAUUGCGCCAACAGCAAUGCAGAAAAUGGCUCACCCAGAAGGAGAGUAUGCAACAGCUAGAGCAGCUUCAGCAGCUGACACAAUCAUGACACUAUCCUCAUGGGCUACUUCUAGUGUUGAGGAGGUUGCUUCAACUGGGCCAGGCGUCCGAUUUUUCCAACUCUAUGUGCAUAAAGACAGGAAUGUGGUUGCCCAGCUCGUAAGAAGAGCUGAGAGGGCUGGUUUCAAGGCAAUUGCCCUCACUGUGGAUACUCCAAGACUUGGCCGUAGGGAAGCUGAUAUCAAAAACAGAUUUACAAUGCCACCAUAUUUGACUUUGAAGAACUUUGAGGGCUUAGACCUUGGCAAGAUGGAUAAGACUGAUGACUCUGGACUAGCAUCGUAUGUUGCUGAACAAAUUGAUCGGUCACUUAGCUGGAAGGAUGUGAAGUGGCUUCAGACAAUCACAUCAUUGCCGAUUCUAUUGAAGGGUGUACUCACUGCUGAGGAUGCAAGGCUAGCCGUACAGAAUGGGGCUGCAGGAAUCAUUGUCUCCAAUCAUGGAGCACGCCAGCUUGAUUACGUUCCUUCCACUAUUAUAGCCUUGGAAGAGGUUGUCAAAGCUGUACAAGGCCGUGUUCCUGUUUUUCUUGAUGGUGGAGUUCGGCGCGGAACAGAUGUUUUCAAGGCAAUGGCCCUUGGAGCAUCUGGAAUAUUUAUUGGAAGGCCAGUUGUCUUCUCAUUGGCCGCUGACGGUGAAGCUGGAGUUAGGAAGGUACUUCAGAUGCUUCGUGAUGAGUUUGAGCUGACGAUGGCUUUAAAUGGUUGCCGCUCGCUAAAGGAGAUUAGUCGCAACCACAUCGUGGCAGACUGGGACCCUCCCCGAGUUGUGCCAAAGUUAUAAGGUGGUUCGCACCUAGCAGCAAAUUGAAAUGGAGAGGUGAAAAGCUCAAGCCUGAGAGUGAAAUGGUUAAUUAGUAGUUGAAGCAGUUGAACUUGUGUAAUAACAUUGGAUACAUUAAUAUCCAUGACUGAACACUGCUUUCCCUGUCUUUUAUUUUCUCAGAUCGGGAUUUUGCUUUAAUGCAGCUCAGUCCUUUGAGAAGAACUGAAUAACCGAGCAGUGUUGUCUUGCUUUCAAGCUGUAACAGUUUCCUGGCUUUUUAUUUUUAGAAUACAUUGCUUUCAAGCUGUAA